ACGGGACCAAACCGACGUCGACGAUGCUCAUGGUUCCGACUCUGCGGCGCCUCGGGCGCCGCUGCCUGCGCCCGCGUCUCUUCUCGCAAGCCGCCGCGCUCGCCGUGGACGAGCCGCUGCGCAGCUUUGAGAUGCACCUGGACGCGCGUGAGCCGCGCGAAGCCCUGCGGUUCUUCGAGCAGCUGCCGACGCCGCCGUCGACGCAGCUUGCGCAGCGCCUUGCGAUCUUGCUGGCAAAGAAGGCAUCGCGUGAUGAGACCAAGUCGGCGCUUCGUGUCAUGAAGAGCGUCUACAUGAACCCGCAUUUAAAGCCCGACGACUUUACCAAGCUCGCGUUCAUUUACGUGGCCGAUGCGUGCUACCGCAACCAGAUGCUGCCGGAGGCGCUCGAGGUGACUGAAGAAGCGCACAACCUUGGCGUGCGCCUGGACCUUCCGGCGUACAACAACCUCAUCGAGGCGCUUGUCGAGGCCGACCAAGUCGAGGAAGCCGAGCUGAUUCUUCAAGACAUUGCUGCAGGCGAUGUCAUUUCGCCCGAAGAAAUCACAUACGCGCCGAUCAUCGAGGCCUUGAUCCUCCAGCGCGAGUUCAGCCAGGCCAUGGAGCUUGUCAACCAAGCACGCACGAACGGCGUCCAGUUCUCGGAAGAGGGCUACAGCGCCAUGAUGAUGAUCACGGCCGAGGUCGACGACCAGUCGGAGGCGCUUGAGCAGUUCAUCACGUAUCUCGACCAGUGCAUGCUCGAGGACAACGUCGAGAUGUUUCAGGAGCUCGACACGCUCACGUUGAUGGAUGAUGACGCGGACCACGGCGACGACGACGAUGGUGACAGUCCGUACGGUGACGAUGACGACGACGACGACGACGACGAUCACCAUAUCAACUAAGAGCGCCGCGUUCGCUUUUCUCAUUAGUUGCUGUAGCUUUAAUAGACCGGUCUUUGAUUGUAC